AACUUGUCCAUUCGUCCUGGCAACCAGUGUUUCCAGAAACAUGGCGACGCGCUGAAAAGAAGUAAACAAGAACAGGCUCCUGCCUUUUAGUUUUUCCGACCGUGCCAAAUAUGAUGAGGAUAACUCCGCAAAGGUUCUGUUGACAAAUCUGGCGUUCCGAAGGGCGGACAUUGAACUCGCACAACCAUGCCGAAAGUCAUGGAGAAUAUUCAAAUAGGUUUUGCAGGAUGUCGGAUAGCUCUUCGGAGGUGUUGCAAGUGGCUCACCUGCAGCAACAAAAUCGUUGAACCAAGGGAACAGUAUGAAGUACUCUGUCUUGGACUCACAGGGGCAGGGAAAUCCACUGCACUGGCGACAUUGGUCGGAGAACCAACAGAGGGCAUAGAGCCGACUUCAGGUUUCAACAUUAAAACCCUGCCCGUCAACGAUACUGUGCUGAACAUAAAAGAGCUUGGAGGUACGGAUGCCAUCAGACCAUUUUGGAAACAGUACUUUGACGGUGUGCAUGGGGUACUCUUUGUCUUGGAUGCGUCUUCGGGAGAAGCUUCACUCAAAGCAGCGAGAGAGACGUUAAAAGAGGUGCUAUCGGAUGCAAUGCUCAAAGGCAAACCAUGUGUCGUCCUUGCAACCCACCAAGAUGUGAAUGCGGCAUCGGUCCUCCAGGUGGAGCAACUCCUGCAGGGUAUUCUACAUGGUAGGAAGUUCACGGUGCUGCCAUGCUCACGUGGUGAACGGCAAAGUGUGCUCAAAGGGCUGGAGACACUCACGGACUACAUGACUGCAUCACAAAAGUGACCUCCCUGCAGCGUGUAAACUGAAAGAACAAUGCUCAAGUGCACUCAUUUUUAUCUUUCACUUUGGCUUCAUGAUGCAACAUUUUGUGGCAAUCUGGAUAAUCACCUAGUUGGAAGGAAAUUACAUUCAUGCACCGUGGAUGUGCAUCUGAGGAGCACAAAAGUUCAAGUCAAACAAGUCAAGUCAAGCCAAGUCAUGUCAAGGAGCACAAAAGUUGGCCUUAUGCAUGUGUUGCCAGUCAGAGUGACAAAGAUACAGCCCCAGUGACCAAGGAAUGGCGAAAGGCUAAUUUUUGCAGCUGUUGAAUGGCCAGCUAUGUAAGACACGUCACAAAAUAGACUGUGACAUCAGACAUCAGCUAUGCCACAUAGAGAUUGCAAUGUCCUAGUCACGGGAGCACAUUCCUUUAGUGAAUGAUCUUGUUUGAACACUUGAGAUGGCGCUGACAUCGCUGUUGUAACCGCGGUGCUUUGCUGUUUCUAAGCAGAGACUGAAACUGAAACAAAUACCGGUUUGGUUACUGUUAUGGUUCACAUCCCAAAUUAUGCAAGGGGUUCAUUUCUUGUUCUGAGUUUCCCCCUUUUAGUGAUUAUGGGUAAUGGUAAUUCGAAAACUAAGAGAGGUAUUCAAAUGAUACAAGUUUUUUUUCUUUCUUUCUUUCUUCCUUCCUUCCUUCCUUGCAUGAUCCACAACCUCACUGCGUCCCUCACUUCAUCAUCCGUGGGGAAUGAAUGCCUUUAAUUUAGGGUCCCUAUUUAAAUUUGAGGAGGAGUGGAAAUUGCAGGGUGCCACAUCCGAGUGUGAAGGGUGCGGGAUGGGAUGGGAUCGAAUUUCAACUCCACCAGUCACCUCCAUAUUUUUUAAAUUUUUCAAUCAGUCAAUGAACUUCACAAGAUCCGCUGUGGUAGCGCGCAAUGUGUGUGACCGAGCUUGAUUGUGUUCCAAGACUACUGGCUCAGUGGAUUGUGAACAAGACUCGUACGUCUUCUCAAGCGUUCCUUCCGUUACAAGAGAUUUUCGGUUCGGCACCGGUUUCAAGCCCCUGUCUAAGCACAUAUGAGAAAACCACGACCUACUAGAUUGUAACGACCAUGUCAUAGGCACCCCUUCCCAGCGUCGCAUUUGGAAGCUAGCGGUGGCGCUACUCAUCGGCCCGGCUAUUGCUUACUCGAUUUCUGCAAUACUUUGUACUUCAGCUUACCUUAGUAUUUUUGCACAAGCGCUGGAUGUCCCACGGGAGAUGCUUCUUUCUAAAGUUGAUUAUCAUCAUCAUUCUACGCGUUUUCAAAGGAGUUGUUGCUGUCGUCUGCUACGGUAGUCAUAUGGCUGCUUCUGCGCGUUCAAAAUUCAAAUUUCCAUUGUCCAAUCAUGAUGUAGAUGUUGCGGGCCGAUGAGUAGCGCCCCUAGCGGAUCGUGCAGACUGGCUCCUCAUACGGGUUCCCGAUUAUGACAUGGUCGUUAUAAUUUAGUAGGUCGUGGAGAAAACAUAACGUCAUCUACGUCCUUGUAAGUGAGCGUGGGCUCUGAGCACGAAUCUCUGCAGGUGUGGUGGUCCCAUGACUGUGUUUUAUUAUGCGUAUUUUGUUUACAGUCGAAGUUUUGGGAAAAAUGUGUUGCACUGAAUGUACAGUGUUCCUUAAGCUCAAGGUGAAACGUUAUGUUGUAAAUAUUGCUGCCUCCCUUAUGUCUGAUGGCACAACUAGCUGUCAUGGUUCAUGCAAAAGUCAUGCUAUAGCAGAUGCAUUUUAACUUGGUUAUAUACUGUAUAUGCUCGCAUAAUUAACACAAACAUAGUGUUAAAAAGGGGAACAUAAAUUAUGUGGCAUUAUGCAUGAUUUAUUACAAAUUAUUUAUUAUAAUUUGGCAUUAAUUAUUUAUGCAUAUUUAUUGUAAUUAGGUAUUAAUAGCUUAUGCAUAUUUGUUAUAGUUACAGUUAUACAUUAUGUAUUCAUGCAUUUUUCUUAUAAUUAUGCAUUAUUAUUACUUAUUUAUGUGUAUUUAUUAUAACUAUGCAUGAAUUAUUACAUUAAUUAACAAAGAAACAAGCACGUGCUGUAGAUUAUGGUAUGGUGGCCAUCAUCAUAUGGUAGUACGUUAAUUAUGUGAGCAGAUACAGUAAUAACCAAAACAUUAGAGCCCUGCUUACCAUUAGACCCCUGCUCCAUAUGCUCAAUUUUGGAAGGAGUAACAAAUGGUGUCACCAAGCUCUUGACAAAUAAUAUAGUACCAAGAAUGCCCAAGUAAGAAUAGAUCACUUGUGUAAAACCAAAAGCUUAUGCUGCCACUUUCAAGGGAAACAGCAUAUAGAGAUAUAUUGGCUACCAUAAAAAGGGCCUAACAAAAAACUUAUCUCUGAAAUGCAUGCUGCACAAUUUUGCUUGUCUUUAGUAGUUGUUUUUAACACAGCCAUGGCAUCUCAACUAGUUCUUGAUGUAAUUCUAAAGCCACAAACUAGUGCAUACUCCAGAGAAGAGACCGAGAAUGUGUUUGCUCAUAUCCUACACUUUAGGUACAAGGGAUGUUGGACAUGCAACAGCUGCAGGGAGAGAAGAGCGAAUUUAAUUACUUUGCCACAACUAAGCAUUCAAAUGUAGAAAUUGUCUUCAAAUGAAAGCCAAUCUUUGUUCAGUACAUAUUUGAGCAUUCCUGGGGAAAGCAAUAUGUCAUACAUACUAUGCCACAAUCAUGAGCAGAAGCAGCACAUGCGUCUUUAUGCACUGGCAGUCACCAUAGGCAAGGAUGCAGUUUAAUCAUGUCACACACUAGAUUCAUUGUCAGUCACAACGCACACCUUCAACUGUGUGUAUGAUGUUCUGAGGGUAUUUACAACCCAGGUGUAAUACUCAAAUGGAGGGUUGGUGUUUGAACACACUUCAAUUCAUGAUUGUUGUUUCAUCGUAAACAGCCAUUUUCAUAAACACAAACUGUCUCAACUCAGCUUUUUCUUUACACAUCUCCUGUUGGGUAGUGUUCCAUAUUUUUUUCUGUUUCAUCUACAAAAGCCCUACACCACAACUUUUUUUUUGAGCAAAGCAAACCUUUUUUGGCUUGUUAGUAUAACAUUGGGAAAACAGGAAUGCAAAACCUGAGCAUGAGACAGAAGAAGAAACAUGCAGACGACACAGGCACUCCCUCCACUUCUUCUCCUGUCUCUUGUUCAGGUUUUGCAUUCUUGUUUUUCCCAACUUACUUUAGACUCAAACAUCAGUACCAUGCAGUGAACUUGAUACAGUAUUCAGGCAGCCAAUGUAGAUCAACGCAAGGUUUUGUGGUAGACAAAAAAAAAAGUUUUACGCAACGCAUUAUAACUAGAGCCUGAAGUUUUCGGGAACAAUUUUUUUUUUGUGAAAUUCGGGGGUAAAAAUGGGGUAACUAAAUAUGUGCACUAGAUUCAUGCAAAUUUUUGUGAAAAAACUUGAAAUUCGGGGAGAAAUCAGGCUCAGUUACUCAAACAAACUGUAGUGGAUUGGUACACACGGUGAUAUAACUGCAUUUGCAGCCAAACAAGUAAGUUUGUGCAUUCCUACAGACAUCCCAGUGAGGGAAAUUUGCCGGGUAAAAAUCAGGUUUCACCCUAAAGAGGCAACCUUCAAUUCGGGGAAGAAUCUGGUAAAACCCUAAAACUUCAGGCUCUAAUUAUAACCUAAGUCAUUAUCCAUGUGGCAUGUAACAAGGUGCAAUCUACAUGAAUGCAACAGAUGAACUGUGAACAUUUGCUGCCUGCUUAAUGUAUGAAGAUGUACAGUUCAGGUUGGUUCCAAUUGCUAUACCUGUGCUGUUGUGUGUAUUUUGCUUAUCUUUCUACAAUGUAUAAAUUUUUGUGAUCUGCAGUGUUUUCUGUAGGGGGGCGUAAAACACAGUUUGCCUCUCUAAUGAGCUGUUUCAGUUAGUAUUGGGGGGGGGGGGGAAGGGCGGAUUUAAGGAGGGGCGACCCCCCCCCCCCAUACGGCUGUGUUCCCUAUGUAAAAACCCCAUCUCCUGGAUGAUGCUGUGCCGCAAGGUGCAAAAUUUCCUUGAGACUGCCCCCCCCCCAUGACAGACCCUUAAAUCCACCCCUGGCAGUGAGUCUUUCACAUUGGAACAAGCCCUACUACAUCAUCCGGUAUGAUAAGAAGAAAUGGAAUACACAGGGUAAAUUCUGGGCCGCCAUUGCUACUCUCCCAUCUCAUCAACUCACUCAACUGUGCAUUGUGAAAGGGCACUUCCCUGAGAAAGCAGGAAAAGAAAGUGCUGGAAUGUUAGGUUGCCACAUCAAAAGUUGUGAGAAGGGCAAAAGUAGAACAUAUUGGGAAUACUGGGUGUAUAAGGGUUGCAUCUGAGAGGGCAUGAAACUCCAGUCCAAAUCGUGCAAUGGGUGACAGCAUAGCAAUGUGGUUGAGAGGCCUGCAAAGUUACUUUUUGUCAAAAAAAAGCCGGGAAAAGCCUUCUCCAAAGAGCUUUCGGACACUUUAACGACAGAACACUAUAGCCAUAGUUACAUUUAUGUCUGAACAGUGGUCUUUCUUUUCUUUUUUGGAUACCACAAUGGGAUUCUGUACAUUUUCAUCUACUACUGCUUUACUCCUGCCUAAUUCUUAAAGAUAAUUUGCUUUCUCUUUUUGCAUUACAGAGUUGUAGAACAGUUUCCUUUCUUUUUUUUUUUUUCAUAUGUGCCAUCCUGCAUAUUUUUUGCUCAACAAUUGCUCACUGAGUUGAGAAUGUGUGCACACAUAGAUGUUGUGUAUGGCAGAUUGUAAACUGGCUGAUGUCACGCACAAACUGUGCAGAAUUGUUCAUCUCACUCAAAUCGGUAUUUGUCCAUUGGAGGGCCUCAUUGCAGCACAUGCCAGAGGGACGCAAGGGCGACACAGCAGCUUUGGUGGUUGUCUCAGUAAUUUUGAAAUAGGCAGUUCACUGUACAAACACAGCUUUACCACAGUAUGCAUUUUGGCUCAUCUGUUGUUAUUCUGCUAGCCAAUACCCUUUACCAAAAUGGUGCACAUUCUAGUGAGCAGUUCUCUCCAUGGCAACAGGCAGGCAUUAUUACAAGUCGGUGUUCCACCGCAGUAGUAUGAAGCAGUGAUUGGGGGUUGCAUAUGGGCACAACUGUUCAAGCUGUAUCCAAGGAAAGUUAUUUUUUGCAGUAUACUCAUUAUGGUAUGGGCGUGUACAGGGAGAUAUCAGAGCUAGUAUAUUUCAUGGCAAAAAGCAAGCAUGGAAGGAUAGUGUAGAAUUCUUUUUGUUCGGUGCAAGUUUGCUUAACAGUUGUUGAAGUUAUUGUAAUCUACAGUUUUGCUGCAAUGCUUUGAGUAACAUUGCAGUGUGUAGCAAACCAUAUUGCCAUGAUGGAUGGAUUCACUUGCCUAAGGGUAACUCUACACUCUUAAAAAUGAACUUCACCGCAUAGCCAACGGGGGGCGUCCGCCUUUUUUGUGACAGUUAUGAACAGGAUAAGUGUCACAAAAAAAAGGUGUACGCCUCCUGUUUUUUCAACAAAUCGGGGCAGAUAACGAUAUCGUUCGAGAUGCUGGUUGGCUAGGAUCGUGCUAUGUGGUGAAGUUCAUUUUUAAGAGUGUAACUGUUCACCACAACUCAUAACUGGGCAUGUAAAACUUGCAACAAAAAUGUACUUGGAAGAUUCAAACUAGUUACACAAGUGUAGCAGAAAAGCAGAUGUCACUCAAAUGCUGAUGCGUAAAAAUUAGAAAUGGGACCAAUCCAAAAUUUAUCGAAUCCGAAUCCAAGGAAGGUUCUACGAAUCCACGAAUCUUACGAAUCUCAAAUCUAUCCAAUCCUUUCUUUAAAAAGAGUUUAAAAAGCCAGGGAAAAAAACACACUUCUAGUGAAAAGUGUUUUGAAAAUAUGAUGCGUUUGUUUAACGAAAAACAAAUUAAAUAAUGCUUCAGUUUCAGGAGAAAAUAUACUCAUGUAGUUCUUCUUAACGUAAUUUAUUUAACAUGUUGUUCAUCGACUACAAGAAAUGCAUAAAUUCUCGAGUCCGAAUUAUUUCCAUAAAACUAAGCAGCAAUCAAAAGCAAAACCAGAUUACUUUUAAACUUGUAAUGUAACAGUUCCUGCCUGGACUCUUUCAGUCCCGAGCUCUAUGAACAAACAAACAAGAAAACACCUGUCGGCCGAUGAGGCUCUCGGUGGACUCCAGAGGCGCCAAUUUGAAAAAGAGACAAACAAACAUGGUUGGUGGAUUCGAAAGAUUGGAUUCGCCGUUUUGGGCACUGGGAUUAGGAUUCGCGGAUUCGGUUGGCACAUCUCUAGUAAAAAUGCUACAGAACAGAAUGGUUUCGUCUACAAGCUCGAAAGCCCAAGAGCAUUGCCAUCAGAAUUGCACCAUUUGGCAUAACAAUUGGCAUAGCAGUUUGGCGCAUCUGCCAAACGUUGCACGGUACACCCACUAUUUGUAGCUGUGGGAUACUAUCUAUUCCAGUCACCUUGGUACAGUGCUGCUAGAUUACGCCUCCUCCAUUUUGUGUUUUUCACAUCAGUUUAUGCAGGCUUUGCCUUUACAAUCACUCAAGCUGGACAACCAAGCAAAGCAAAAUGGAAUAAAAAUGCUGAUGAAUGAGCAGGUAGUAAUUACGGGAGCUUUCACUGCUCAUCAGUAUUAGAGUCUAGAAACGCAUCUGUGCGGGCAAUACGGGAAGAGUUGCUGAUCUCACUGUGUUCAUGCUCCUUAUGUGCACAUACAUAGUGCUUCUCACGGGCCUGCCAUCACGUUCCAUACUCUUAUGAAUUUGACUAUUCGCUGCGAGAUCGACUUAUAGGGGGUGACACUGUCACCUUCCUAGUGUGGAUAACAUGCGGGCCGAUGUACGGAGUUGAUUGUUCUUUUCCAUAACUCUUGUGUAUCUUCACCGGAAGAUUACUUCUGCCACGAUGGUACGAUACUGCUUGGUUCCUCAAUGAUCCACCUACUGCGCUGAGUGGGGAAUAAACGCGUAAAAGCAGACGACGCGUCCACACUGCGGUAGCUCUCCGCGGUGCGCCAACACCGUUCGAUCUCGGAGCGAAUAGGAGCUGUACUAGUGCAAAUGUUGUCAUGACAAUGCUAGUUGUUCAGGUUUUUAAAGUUUACAUGUGUGGCUGUUUGUAAAUACUAGAUUAUAUCGGUUGAUGUAGAGGAAGGAAUUGUCUUUUUCUGCUAGUCUACCUUAAGGCAUUAAAGCAAAACCAGUUUUUAAGAUCUGGUGUCUGUUUCUACACAAUGCAUGCGUGUAGCAGGGAGAAUGGAACUAUGCACUUUUCUCUCGGAAAUAAUGUUCUUGAAAUGCCCACAGUUGUGUCAUAUGUGGUUUUCAGGCAUAGAAGGGAAAUAAAAAGAUAUACAAAAAUUA